UUAGUACUGGAGGUUUUGAUUUAAAUGCAUUAUUAUAUCAUGUUUUUACUGUGAAUAAUAAACCAAUAAUGAUUACGCAAAAUAUUGGGGAAAGGUUGGAUAUUGAACCAAAGAUUUCAGAUUUAGGAAUUUCUAGUAGAAUAGAUGAAAUUAAUGUAGAUGGUGGAACAUAUGGAGUAGUACAAUAUGUUGCUGAUGAAGUAUUAUUGGUUUACAAGAAAUUACGGGAGUGGAAAAUAAUUCUCGAUAAGGGAAUUGAAGAAUUAAAUGAAGAUAAUCGUAAAAUUAAAAAUGCUUUUUUGAAAACAGAUGAAAUUAUUUUUUCACAAUUGCAAUGGCAUCCAGAUGCAACAAAGUGUGCAUCUCAACUUGAAGCAGAUAUUUCACAAUUUGGGAUCCCACAACGAGAUUCUUAUACAUCUAAACUUAUAAUUCCAAUAUCUAAAUUGUUAAAUCGGGAG